CUCGUCCUCAGCCGCACCCAGGCUUCGUCUGUCUUUUCAGCCUCUUCAUGCUACCCCGCUAAAAGGAGAAAAUGGGCACGGGGGAUUUUAUCUGCAUUUCCAUGACCGGAGGGGCGCCCUGGGGGUUCAGACUGCAAGGUGGCAAGGAGCAGAAGCAGCCCUUACGAGUUGCUAAGAUCCGAAGCCAGAGCAAAGCAUCCAGGUCUGGGCUCUGUGAAGGGGAUGAAGUGGUCUCUAUCAAUGGAAACCCUUGUGCAGACCUCACCUACCCCGAGGUCAUCAAGCUCAUGGAGAGCAUAACGGACUCUCUCCAAAUGCUCAUCAAAAGACCAUCGAGUGGAAUAAGUGAAACUUUGAUCUCUGAAACUGAAAACAAAACCCAUGAGCAUCUCACCCAGGAGGGGUAUGUGGAAAGCACCACCCUGCAGACUCGACCAGCCACAAAGAGCCAGUACAAAGAGUUCUACAUCACCCCCGUCAAGAGUGGAACUCCCCCAGCUGAGGACCAGGGAAGUGGCCCCCGUUGUUCAGGGAGCAUAAAAGAAGAAAGGAGCCUGAGCUACCACGUGGCUCCCCAAAUGCCUGACUUGCAAAGGGGAGGCCCAGCAGAGGAGGUUAUCUUAAGGGGCAAGGCAGAAGCGGGGCAGCCAGGCCCUGUGGUUGAGUUACAACUGUCCCUUUCACAGGAGAGACACAAGGGCACAAGUGCUCCUGUAGUGGCUCUCCUGGGAGCUGAAAAAUCUAAGUCUCCCGACUCCGAACCUAAUUUACAACACGAUGGGAUUGUCCACAUAAAUUCAGUCUCCACUGAUGAGAAAGAGGACCCUUCUCGGAGGUCCAGUAAGAUAAUCCAGAUUUCCAGUGGCAAAGAGUUGAGAGUGAUCCAGGGAAGUGGAGCCGGAGCCGCGGGGCUGCCCCGAGUGGAAGUGAUCCUCGACUGCUCUGACAGGCAGAAGACAGAAGGGUGCAGGCUGCAGGCAGGAAAGGGGUGUGUGGAUUCUCCAGUGGAAGGAGGGCAGUCAGAAGCACCUCCUUCUCUGAUAUCCUUUGCAGUCUCAUCAGAAGGCACAGAGCAGGGAGAAGACCCACGCUCGGAAAGGGAUCACAGCAAACCUCACAAGCACAGAGCGCGCCACGCACGGCUCAGAAGGAGUGAAAGCCUGUCAGAAAAGCAGGUGAAAGAAGCAAAAUCUAAAUGCAAAAGCAUUGCCCUCCUUCUGACAGAUGCCCCCAACCCCAACUCCAAGGGGGUGUUGAUGUUUAAGAAGCGUCGGCGGCGAGCCAGGAAAUACACCCUAGUCAGCUACGGUACUGGCGAGCUCGAGCGAGAGGCAGACGAAGAGGAGGAAGGGGACAGGGAGGAUACAUGUGAAGUCGCGUUUCUGGACCCGAGUGAAUCAGAGGUGGAUGAAGAGUUAUUAUCUGACGUUGACGACAACACACAAGUUGUGAACUUUGACUGGGAUUCUGGACUGGUGGACAUUGAAAAGAAACUGAACAGAGGGGACAAGAUGGAGAUGUUGCCAGACACCACAGGCAAGGGGGCCCUCAUGUUUGCCAAGAGGAGGGAGAGGAUGGAUCAGAUUGCGGCCCAGAAAGAGGAAGAGAGGGCAGGUGGAAUGCCAAGCAGAGAACCAGAUGCUGCCCGGACGGAUGGCCUCAGAACCAUGACUUCUUACCAAAGGAAGGAAGAAGAAUCGAUGAGAGUGCAGAGCUCUGUGAGCAAAAGCUACGUGGAGGUGAGCCAUGGUCUUGGCCACGUGCCCCAACAGAAUGGCUUCAGUGGGGUGUCCGAGACAGCAGAGGCCCAGAGGAUGAUCCCCAUGAACAGAACGGCCAAACCCUUCCCGGGGUCUGUGAACCAGCCAGCAACCCCCUUCUCCCCAACCCGAAACAUGACAAGUCCCACCGCUGACUUUCCUGCGCCUCCACCUUAUUCUGCAGUCACACCUCCACCUGAAGCCUUCUCCAGAGCAGUAUCAAGUCCGAUAGCUGGCCCAGCACAGCCCCCUCCAUGGCCCCAGCCUGCUCCCUGGUCCCAGGCAGCCUUUUAUGACGCAUCUGAGCGAAUAGCUUCCCGGGAUGAAAGGAUCGCAGUGCCAGCAAAAAGAACAGGGAUAUUGCAGGAGGCCAAAAGGAGAAGCACAACAAAACCCAUGUUCACUUUUAAAGAGCCCAAAGUAAGCCCAAAUCCUGAACUCUUGUCACUUCUUCAAAAUUCAGAGGGCAAACGGGCCACUGGAGCUGGAGGCGAUUCCGGACCCGAAGAAGACUACCUCAGUUUAGGAGCAGAGGCUUGUAAUUUCAUGCAAGGCUCCUCUGGGAAACAAAAGACCCCACCUCCUGUUGCUCCAAAACCUGCAGUCAAGUCCUCAUCCUCCCAACCAGUAACUCCAGUUUCUCCAGUCUGGUCACCAGGAGUGGCUCCAACCCAACCACCUGCCUUCCCCACGUCCAACCCAUCGCAGGGCACCGUUGUCUCCUCCAUCAAAAUAGCCCAGCCUUCUUACCCUCCUGCCCGGCCUGCGAGUGCUCUGAACCCAGCUGGUCCCUUCAAGGGACCACAAGCAGCAGUAGCCAGUCUGAACCAUGCACCCAAGCCGACAGUUCCCACACCAACAGUAAAUGCUGGCCGUGCUGGCGCAGGGGGACCAUCCAAUCAGCUUCCAGGAAUGAGUGGGAGAGGAGCCCAGCUCUUUGCUAAAAGGCAGUCAAGGAUGGAGAAGUACGUGGUAGACUCAGACACCGUGCAGGCCCACGCCGCUCGUGCUCAGUCUCCCACUCCCUCUCUACCAGCCGGGUGGAAGUACUCCUCCAACGUCCGAGCACCCCCUCCUGUGGCCUACAACCCUAUCCACUCUCCUUCCUACCCACUGGCUGCUGUCAAGUCUCAGCCGUCAGCCCCACAGGCCUCCAAAACGAGCAAGAAAAAGGGCAAGAAACCCCUCAAUGCUUUGGACGUCAUGAAGCACCAACCGUAUCAGCUAAAUGCAUCCUUGUUUACUUUCCAGCCUCCAGAUGCAAAGGAUGGCCUCCCCCAAAAGUCAUCAGUCAAGGUCAGUUCAGGGCCACCCAUGAAGCAAGCUCUUCCUCCCCGGCCAGUGAAUGCUAGCUCACCCACUCAUGUGCAGGCCUCGUCCGUGUACUCAGUACCAGCCUACACCUCUCAGCCUACCUUCUUUGCAGAGGCCACCUCACCAGUCAGUGCCUCCCCAGUGCCUGUGGGCAUUCCCACCUCUCCAAAGCAAGAAUCAGCCUCAACAUCUUAUUUUGUGGCACCAAGGCCGAAGUUCUCAGCCAAGAAAAGUGGUGUCACAGUUCAGGAGAGUGGACGCUCCCUUUCUCUUCCUGGAAGACCAAUUCCACCCGCCAUCUCUACAACAUCUCCUUGGGUAUACCAGCCUGCUUAUGGCUACUCUAGCAAACCAACUGAUGGGCUAGAGAAAGCAAACAAGAGACUAACUCCUUGGGAAGCAGCAGCAAAUUCUCCUCUUGGUCUAGUGGAUGAUGCCUUUAGACCCAGAAACAUCCAGGAAUCCAUUGUGGCAAAUGUGGUCUCAGCAGCUCGGAGGAAGGUGCUUCCAGGGCCCUCUGAGGAUUGGAAUGAGAGACUGUCCUAUGCUCCUCAAACCCAGAAGGCCAAUAUGGGCACAUCUGGAAGGCAAGAGUAUAAUGUUGCAUCCCUACCCAAUAAUAGUAAGCCCACCAACUCCCAAUAUGGUUCCCAGUUGUCAUAUGCAUAUUAUAGGCAGCCUUCCAGAAAUGAUUCUGAAAUAAUGUCCAUGGAGACCAGAUCUGAUUACUGUCUUCCAGUAGCCAGUUUCAACUAUAACCCACACCCAAGGGGAUGGAGACGCCAAACGUGAAAGUUAGAAGAACUGAUCAUGCAUCACCUACAGUAAUCAUUUUUAAAAGUGUUCCCUUGCAGAGUUUUUGAUUUUUCCAAUAGAUUUAGAUUUACUUUUGAUCUUGGCUUGUUCUCAUAGGUCGUUUAUCUGAGUGAGUGUGUGUGUGUGUGUGUGUGUGUGCACAUGUGAGUGUGAAUCACUUCCUUUUCUGCUGAUGCAUAGAGAAUUUCUUUGAAGAAAAAAUUUAUUUUCUGCAUUGAUGUGCUGGUACUUAUCUGUAAUUCAUAAUCUUAAUUCCAUUUAUUUCAUUAGUAUGAGGUAGUCUAGGCAAUUAAACUCUGCUCAAUAAAAAUGAAAUUAUUUUCUUCUAUAUGCCUUAGUCCAGGAAAGAAUUAAUGAAAUAUGAUGUGCUAAUUGUCAUUAGCAAUAACAGCAAGAAAUAUAACGUUGGAGAAGUUUUCAAAGGGAGUAUGCCAGUGAAUAAUAAUUACAUAAAAAAGAAUUUCCUUGGUGUUAUUUUAAGCGUUUCGCUGAAAUAUUUUUUAAAAUCUAAUAAAAUUCAGAUUUGUUUUUUAGAAUUGAAAUACAGUAUAAGUAUUCUCAGAAAGAAAGAAGUAUUUGAGAGUAAGACAAUUAUACAGUUCAGAGGGACUUUUGAAGUAAAUAAUGUAACGUGUGGGGAAUAGAAAGAUUCAGGUACAGGACUAAUUUUUAACCUAUGUAAAGCCAGCAGCCUGAGACAGGAAUAGACCUCAGGUUCAGGUGUCCUCCUUUGUCAAACGAGAUCAGAUUAUCUAAUCUCUCAUAUCCUUAACAACUCGGAUAUUCUGAGAUUCUUUCAUUAGUAGAAUGACCUUUGAUGCAUUUUUCAUUUUUGUUGCUCAUCAUAUAAAUAUCAGAUUAAAUUGAGGAGUGGAUUAGGUCAUGGAUGUCACUACAUGAAUCAGUAAAGGUCCAAAAAGAAUGGUUGGGCGGCAGAUUUUGUGCUACGUGUUACGUGGAGUGAGGGGUGAUGUGAUGUGAAGAAAAAACUAUUAAUGGAUUCAAGGAAGUGGUAGAUGGAUGUGUCUGUUAUUAUGCACCUGUAGGUCAUGACCAUUUAUUCAGUUAUACAAAACAUGCCACAGAAGCCUAUGCAACAAGCCGUGCUUCUUUCAAAAGUCAUCGUUAGGAAGUUCGCAGGAAGUUAAACAGCUGCUUGGUUGAUUCCAUGACCCAGGCCUUGUUAGCAUGACCAUGAGACAAUCAGUCAAACACCUGCUCCUUCCUGCCAUACCCACAGAGGAUUAAAUACAAGGAAAUUCAAAGUAUUUUACAGCAUAAGCAAGUAUUGAGACUGUUUUAAAAUAAAAACAUCUUGAGUAUUCGAAACUUUCCUGGGUUUUUAAAUGUGAUUAUUUUGCUUUGUUUUACUUUUUAACCCUUGAAUUUAUUAUUAUGAUGGUGUCUUUCACAGAAUAAAACUUAAAAAAAAUUUCCAGGGUACAAGUGAUCCCUUAUCUUAGAAGAAAAGAAUAAAAAUUUGAAGAAAUCACAGUAAGUUCUGUUAUUGAAGGACCCAACUAGAUACUAAUUUGUUUAGUCAUGAA